GGCCUACGGUCUAGAAGGGAUCACAAGUAAUCAGCCGGCUGAACAUCUAACAUCAACCACUAAAAAACGAAACAAUAAAAAUGGUGGAGUUUACUUUUGACAUCAAGCACCUGUUUCCGCAAGAGAUCAUUCGUGUCCAGCCGUACUUGUUACGCCCUAAGGUGCGGGCUGCCUUAUUGAAACUGCAAAAUCAUCAGAAGGCCGCACCACCAACACCAGGGUGUAUGCUGAGCCAGAUAAUUGAUGAAAUGGGGCAGCUGUCGGCGGUGGCCCAGGGGCUGAAGAACCCAGUGACAACGGCAGAGAAGAUGGGCGCCAAUAUUAACAAUCAGGUCAUCUACCUAAUGGCGGACAACGAGUCGGGCCGCUGGGCGGUGACCGGAUUGCUCAAGGUCGGCACCAAGAACCUCUUCCUGUUCGACGAGAAGGGCGUGUGCCGUCGGGCGGACCAGACCCCCGCCAUCCUCGACUUUUACAUCCACGAGUCCCGCCAACGUCGCGGGCUUGGAAAGGUUCUCUUCGACAAGAUGCUCGCCGAUCAGGGCUGGUCGCCCUGGAAGUGCUCCGUGGACCGGCCCUCCCCGAAGCUGUUGGGCUUCCUGGGCAAGCACUUUGGUCUAGUGCGCACAAUUCCGCAGGGCAACAACUUCGUGCUCUAUGAGGGAUUCUUCGACGACGUGCCGCCGGAGGGUCCGCGGAACAGGGACACUCGCGGAUCAGGAGGUGUUGGAGUUGGCAGUGUCGGAUUGCAUACCUCCAUGCCGUGCCGAGGGCGUCUGUCCAAUCUUCCGGCCUCCUACUACAACCCCAUUCAUGGUGGAAGCAACCAGAUGCCAGCCAGAAACACCAACUCCAACGCCAAUAAAAAUGCCAACGCCAACAGGAAGGUCAGCUCGAACAUCACCAACAAACUCGUUAAUAGCUCCAAAAUCUCCAACAAGAUCGCUUUCAACAACGAUUUCAAGAAUUCAAAAAGCUACAAUACCAAUACCAAAAUCAACUCCAACAAAAACGCCAACAAUCCGAUCCACAACUAUAACAACGCCUCUGGACCAAACCCAAGAGCUUUUCCAAGCCACAUUCAAAUUCCAAAUCGCAGUCAAAUGUCCCCACGACCAGGAGCCUCGAGUGCCAUGCCACAAUAUCAGUCAGUGGGACGUUUUCGUUCCAAGCCGAGGUGCAGCAGUAUGGCCCAGAUCCUGGGACGGGACUUUGAUCACUAAGCGCCCGGCAGGACCCUAGCAGGAUACACACAGGAGUCGGUGUAGAUGAUGCGCCCGCGUCCCAGCUUAUAUUUUUUUUGGCGCGACUGGUGCGUUCUACGACGCCCUCAAAAUUUUGGUAAUUCCUGUUACUUUUUGUCAAUUUUAUAAGGGUUUAUAAGUCCCCCGAGACCAGCUGUCUAUAAAUACAGCCUUACCUUAAUA